CUUGCUUCCCUGCAUUGAUGCAGUAGGAAACUGGUGGGCGAAGGGGAAUCGGAGACGAUGGAUUGUAUCCUAAAAUUUUUGCGCACACGCUUACCAUAACUCUAGUCAAAACGUCAAAAAACAGACACUUUAGAUCGAUCCCUCCUCACCUCAAAUGGCAUCUUUUCAUAUUACGGUAGUGGCGAUUGCUGGCAUACUGAUGUGCAUCGUCGGAACCACUACCGAAGCCGUAACUACGGAAGAGAGAGUCCAACUGCGGGAACAAGUUAAAGAAAUGUUUUAUCACGCCUACCGGGCUUACAUGGAUAAUGCAUACCCAGCUGAUGAGCUCAUGCCUCUGAGCUGCAAAGGCCGAUAUCGAGGAACGGAGGCCAAUCGGGGGGACAUAGAUGAUGCAUUGGGAAAUUUUUCAUUAACCCUAGUGGACACCAUGGACACAUUAAUGCUAUUAGGUGACAUGGAGGAAUUCGAAAGGGCUGUUAAACUUGUGAUCCGGGAUGUCAGCUUUGACAGUGACAUUGUCGUAUCUGUAUUUGAAACCAAUAUCCGAAUGGUUGGGGGCCUCCUGAGUGGUCACAUCCUGGCUUCAUACCUGCAGGAACGCCAUGGUCUCAUGACCUGGUACAGAGGCGACCUGCUGCUCAUGGCUAAGGAGCUUGGCUACCGGUUACUGCCAGCCUUUAAUACCACCACAGGCGUGCCACACCCUAGGAUAAAUUUACGGUUAGGCCUGAAGUCACCCAAGCUGGGACAAGUGCAUGAGACAUGCACAGCGUGUGCUGGCACAAUGAUUCUAGAGUUUGCUGCCCUGAGCAGGCUCACUGGGGAACCUGUUUUUGAGGCAAAGGCACGGGCUGCCAUGGACUACUUGUGGCAGCAGCGACACCGGUCAAGUGAUCUCAUGGGCACUGUCCUUAAUAUUCACAAUGGUGACUGGAUACGUAGAGACAGUGGCGUUGGGGCUGGCAUUGACUCCUACUAUGAGUAUUGCCUCAAAGCAUACAUACUUCUUGGAGAUGACCUCUAUCUAGAGAGGUUUAACAAGCACUACACUGCUGUGAUGAAAUACGUCAGCCAGGGUCCUAUGCUUGUUGAUGUGCACAUGCAUCGGCCCAAUACAAACUCAAGGAAUUUCAUGGAUGCCUUGCUGGCUUUUUGGCCAGGACUGCAGGUGCUCAAGGGUGACAUCAAGCCAGCCAUUGAAACACAUGAAAUGCUUUACCAAGUUAUGCAGCUUCACAAUUUUCUUCCAGAGGCAUUCACAACUGACUUCCAAGUACAUUGGGGCCAACAUCCACUGAGACCAGAAUUUGUUGAAAGCACCUAUUUCCUCUUCAAGGCAACAGGGGACCCCUACUACCUUGAAGCUGGCCGUAGAGUGGUGGAGUCAUUGCAGAAGCAUGCAAGAGUGCUUUGUGGAUUUGCAGCUGUCAAGGAUGUUCGCACUGGAACACAUGAGGACAGGAUGGACUCGUUUGUGCUAGCAGAGACGCUCAAGUACCUGUACCUGCUGUUCGCGUCACCAGAGGACCUGCCCUUAGACCUGGACCAUUUUGUCUUCACCACUGAAGCCCAUCUUCUCCCACUCAGCUUAGCACGCAUCAAUCGCACGCACUUUGACAUGAUGCAGUCACCACGAAUGAUGUUCUACGCCCCGGAGGAGGAAUUCUCACAUAGCUGCCCCAACACACACUUCCUGUUCCCCAAGAGCAACUACGCACACACUGUGCGACAGCCUCUCAAAAAUCUGGUCGAGGGUGCCUGUCCGACAGUGGCCUCCAGUACUAGGAGGCUCCAUGCAUCACAAUUUGAGGCCAACAAGAAGGAACACCUGAACUUGGUCAAGAAAAUGGGCGUAUUUGUGACACUUAUGUCUGACGGCCGCAUUCAACUCAUCCACAACGCUGCGCAGGCUGAGAGCCCCGAGGAUGCCCAGGAGGGCCUGCUGUUCAUGCAAGAGAUGAUAGAAUUGGCGAAGCAGCAGAACCAGCAAGAACAGCAUGUGCGGUCUGUGACAUUCACACUGCCUUCUACCAAGAUGCAUAUGGUUCUACAAGCGGGGCCUGCCCAGUUUGGCAAGGACCUUGGGAAGCCCGCUAAUGAAGUUCGUGCUCCACUUGUCCUGCUUGACCCUCUGCGUGGCUGUGGGGAGUUGCACAACAGUCACGAGCUUAAGGGCAAGAUUGUCAUCAUGGAGCGUGGCGAGUGUAUGUUUGUUGAGAAAGCAAGAAAAAUUCAAGCAUUUGGGGCUGUUGGAGGCAUAGUUCUGGAUAACCAGGCAGGCACCAACGCACGGCAGUCACCUGUGUUUGCCAUGUCCGGAGAUGGCACGGAUGAUGUCACUAUCCCACUUGUCUUCCUCUUCACCGAGGAUGGCCAACUGCUGCUCAAUGCAUUCAAAGAGCACCCUAACCUUGUGGUCACCUUGUCGGACCUGAGCAUCAUCUCAUCCUCGUCCUCCAACACUGAGGGCGAACCUGCUGAAGAGGCAGCCAACCAAACAUCAGGUGAAGCCAAGAAAAGCAAGAAGGCCUCCACAGCCAUGCCUACAGAAGGUGGACCAUCUUCUGCAGAAGCUGAACUUCUACGCAAGGUGCAAAUCUUACGUCGUUUGGAUGCAUUAGGUCGACUUCAUGGCGAGACAAAUGAACUACUAGAGAAAGAAGCUACCAUCCGCCGUAUGCUGGGAAAGUUGCUCAGCCAGCACAAGCUUUUUGAGAUGGAUAUUCGCAGCCUUUUGGAGCGUCUAGAAGACUUCACCGCUGAAGCCAAGACAAAGCAUUCUAGUGCCGAUGGAUUGUGCACAUCACCUCUUGUGCCUGCAACAUCUUCAGUCAACCCACUUUCCAGUGCAGAGGCCUUUGUCGCAUUCAUCAUGCUACACCACUGUGAAUAUACUACUGAAGCAUCCCGAUGACCAUGGGAACUUUCUUACUCAAACGAUCCUGCCAGGAAGUGCAUUUCUUUUUGCCCUGUCAGUGCUGCUGCCUGCUGCUGUUUCAUUGUAGGUAACUGGAGUGCACUCCAUGCCAAGGUGGUUUAGGAGUCUGCCAGUGGGUGAUAACUUCUAUUGUGAAAGCUCCUGACCAGUGCAUUCUUGGUUGUGGCCUAGUGAGCCUGGGUGAGGAAUUUACAUAUAUUCUCUUCACAAAAAUAUUUAAGACUUCUAAGCUAUAGUGUCCCUUGAAAAUUACCUACACCAUCAAAGUUACUGCAUCUGGUCCUGAUUUGAUGAAAGUGUCCACUAAGUAUUACAUCCAUGCGCCAUACCUGCCAACUCUCCUGAAUUUUCCGUAAUGUUUACGAUUUGGGCUUGUUCUAUGAUUUUAUGAAUGUUUUCUGAAGUUGUACGAAACUUGAGUUGAACUUUAGUUCAACUUGCAAACUUGUUAACUUUUGUUGGACACAUUGAUUGAACCAAGAUGUGAUGUACAGUAGGCACAAGUAGAAAACAUCCAAGAUGUGGACAGAUUGCUGAAGCUUCACAGGAUCAUAGUGAUAAUGCCGAAGAUUCUGUCAUUCGCCAUGGUAAUGGUGAUUGCCAACAGAUAUUUAGUACACAAUACCGCAAAUGAGACUCAGAAUUUUGCUCAUCGUUCUUCAACCAUACCCUUAAAGGCAUACGGACACAAAAGUUGGCGGGUGGUUUUUUU